UUCCAGAACCCCCUGUAUAAUGUCGAUAUGUAAAAUAAAAAUCCAUUUCAACAUCCAUUCACCCUCCAAAUUUGAGAUUCACUUCAAGUGUGUUGAUAGUUAUCGGGCGGAAACAAGAAGAUGAAAUAGGAAGAAAAAAUAUUGAAUUCGUUUUGAAAUUGCAUAGAAAUUCUAUUAUUGAGUAGUUUUCUACAAAUGGAGAUGAUUAUCUGGUGCAGGAAACUAAGAAAAAUAAUUCAAAAGAGGAAAGAGAUGUGAUUUAGGCACAAGAAUCAGAGGAAAAACAAAGGGAAGAAGAGGAAAGUCUAGAUUUGAAAGAUUGGCUUUGAGAUUCAAUCUCUAAGAGUAACUCUAGUUUUCAUCAGCGUCUCCACUCUUCAGCGCCUACGAUUUUGUUCUUUUUGCUAUUGGGUUGAGCGGGUCACCCGCGCACCCGCCCACAACCCACUCACCACUCGACGGACGCCUUAGAGCACAACACGUCAGCCAGUCACAGACCCACCCACAUAACGAAAUUCUGGUCAAAUGCGGACGAAUCGUCCCAAACCCACGGGUGACCUGCCCACAUGCCCAACACUACCACUGAAAUUGCCCAUUACGUGGCGAAAACGACUCUUUCAUCGACAGUUCAAUUAGUAUUGACUGACGGUCUAGCGCUUUUAUUUUUGUAAUAAUCUAUUGUAAUCAACUAUCUAUUAUUAUUUUAUCUAUGACAGAAAAAAAGAGAGGAAAACAAACCAAAAAAAUUGAAGGGCGUGCGUGACACGACAGUGCACCUGGACCGGCCACCCUGCGAGAAGCAGCGGAGCAAAACCCGGACGUUUCUCGUCCAAUUAACCGGAAUUUAGAAUCGCCGAUAGGUCCGGCCCCGUUUUUGAGCUGAGAGAUAGGCUCCGCCUUCGUUUUCCUUCUUCCGGUCAACAAAGAGUUGUUAAAAAAAAAAAAAAUUCCAAAGGAAAACGCUACAACAACGAAGCACUAUACCGAGGGAAGAAGAGAGAGAGAGAGAGGAGUCGGCGGUUGAAGGUUUCACCCCGCAGUCGAAACCCUAAUUAGGCCUUCUCUCUUCUUUCUUCUGCUUCUGUUUCGGUUCUGUUGCAGCCGCCAUAAGUGCCUGGGAUGCUUCUGAUGCGGCUGUGUUUCCCAUCUUCCUCGAUUUGGGUGGUGUUUCGUGGUUGAUUUCGAUUCUUCCCUCGGUGGCGUUGUCGAAUUGUUGCGGUAGAUUUUGAGUAGAUCACUUGCUGUUUCCGGACUGGUGUUGUUGCUCGGCAAUCAUUGAUGGUUUAGCUAUCGGAUUAAUUGCUGCUGGGGAUUCUUUUGGGCGGAGGCGUUCUAGGGGAGGAGGUUGUUGAAGAUGGAUUUGGUGAAUAGUUGUAAGGUAAAUUGGUUUGAAUUAUGGAGGCAGCAGUGUUAUUUGUUGCGGAAAUCUCCCCUUCUCGGCUGCAGCUAAUUUCUGUUUGUCGUUAGAAUUGUCUCUCUGCCCUCUGUUUUACUGUUUAAUUGUAAAAAGGAAUCCCUUUUAAAGGUUUGCUGAAGCAUGCAGCAAUGUGGAACCGCGUAUUCACAAUUGUGUUGUGCUAUUUGUUCAGUUGCUUCACAGUCUUAUUUUACAUUUAGUGGGAACCACCAAGCAGGAUAUGCUUCUGCACUACUGCUGUUCCGCUUGAGCAUCUGUGACAUGGUCUUCUCGAACGGAUUGGAGUUUGGUUGGAUUGUUCUUUUCUUGCAGCAGAUAGUAUCUGAAAUGGAAUAGUUGACUGAGGUGGCUACCACUUCUUGUUUGUACUCAGGCUGAAGUACAAUAGUUUUGGGAUUAGAUUUGGAGUUAUUCUAUCUUUCUUUCAGUGUGUUAUGUGCUCUCUUUAUUUACACAUAUCUGCUAUCAGAUUUUCUCAAUUUCUUGAACUUGUGGUCGCCAGAUGGAUCUGAGAGAUACCAUUUCUCUUGUAGGAAAAGUUGGCAUAUUUUCGAAUAAAGGAACUCAAGGAUGUCCUGACGCAGUUAGGGCUUUCAAAACAGGGGAAAAAGCAGGUUAGUAUGAUCUUUCUUCGUACUUAGCUUUGGCAUUCGUUGCUAAUUAGCAUUAAGGGGUCGUUUGGAUGUGGAAAUUUGAAAACGUUGGAAUUUGUCUGAAUUUCCAUGUUUUACAAAACCAAGGAAUUGACUUGUGGAAAUUGAAAAAAAUUUCACGUUUGGAUAGGGUUUAGUUUUGUGGGAAUUGAUGGUGUGGAAUUUGGAAAAAGAAGUAAGAAAACGUGGUAAUGUCAAAUUACUAGGGGGAGGUGUAGUAUUCUCAAUUACCAUGAAUGUGGUAAUUGAAGCCAAUUUCCAUGGUCCAAUUCCCAUACCCUUUUUGCUCUCCCAAACGUGGGUUUUAAACCCAAUUACUGCGUUAUGUGGUAUUUGGGUCCAAUUACUGCAUUGCAUUUCCACGUCCAAACGACCCCUAAGUGUUCUUGAUCAUGCUGUUGUUUCUUUGUUGCUGUUACUUGUACUGUACAGGACCUUGUCGAUCGCAUAUUGAAUGUCCUGCUCGAUGCACAAGGUAAAAUGCUUCCCCACUGUUGCAUAACCACCUCUCUGCUUCCGGUCUUCUCGUACUUUACCUUCUGUGGUUGUAAUUGUGACUUUUGGUUCAUUUUGGCUGUUGAUGAGGAUAUAAAUUUUUUUCCUAGUAUUUGUUUGUACGAUUUCACUGUAGCUGUUUUCUGAAACCAUGGUCGUAAAGGGAAAGUACCUGCUCAAUAAGAUUAGUUACACAAAACUGAAUGGAAAUUGAACUAUAUUAGUCUUACUACUGUCACACUAACAGGUUCUGUCAGUUGUAGGCAUUAUUAUUCUUAUAAUGCUUGAAAUAUAAUGUUUGUCGAGCAUGUACAUUUAGUCUCUCACACUUAUUUCAUCAUCCACUGCUUGGUAUUAAUGAUUGUUUACCUAUGUUCAGGUUCCAAGGCGUGGCCAAAGAGGGGUGCUGUUGGAAGGGACGAAGCAGCAAAACUCAUUGACGACAUUUACAGGUUCUUAAUGACAUCUCUUGACUUGUAAAUUAAUUUUCCAGAUUGUCCUGAUACGUUAGGUAUUUCCAUAUAGGACAUUCUAUGUUGAGAAUAAUUGUCUAAGCAAGUCAGCUUUGAUCAUCUGUACUAUUAACUUCAUUCAUUUUACACAUACCUCACCGAUCAAGUAAUAAAAUGUACUCUCAUCAUCAUCUUCAGGAAAAUGCAGGUCUCAGGUACUGAUUUAGCAUCAAAGGCGCAAUGCGUUUUGGAUAGCAGCAAUUCAAAUACAAAACUUGUUAAAGGAGAACCCGAGGACUCUUUUCCCAGCAAUACAAAAGUUCGGUGUCCUUGUGGCAGCACAUUGGAAACAGAGUCAAUGAUUAAGGUGAUUUGCAUUUGUUAAAUCUAUGGAGUUUUAGUUUUCUUUGGCACUUUUGCUAUUCCUAUGUACACCUAGUUUAUUGUGCAUGGAUCAGCGUCUCUCUUAGGAAAUUAGAUAUUGUGACUGCUUACAUUUCAUUGUUGGAGCAAUCACCUACUCUUUUUAGUGUCUGAGUUGUUAGUCUCUCUUGAGGUAUGAGGAGCAUGACCCUUCACAUUUAUCUUCAACCUAUAUUUUGCUGUAAUAUCUUGCUUACAAAAUGUUGUUAUCAAUCAUUUGUAGUCUUUUGAUUUGUUAAUCACAGCAUAAUAACCAUUUCCGAAGUAUUAAGUUCACUUUUCAAUUGUUCCACACUUUUCUUGCACAAGCGUGUGAAGAGUGGAAGGACUUGAACAAGGUUCCACUUUUCUCGUCUAAGAUUGAUUUUAUUGUGGCUAAUUUGUGGAAUCAAUAUUUUUGUCACUGCAGUGUGAGGAUCCCAGAUGCCAGGUGUGGCAGCAUAUUGGUUGUGUUAUAGUUGCUGACAAACCCAUGGAAGGAACUCCCCAAGUUCCAGAAGUGUUUUACUGUGAGAUUUGUCGACUGAGCCGAGCUGACCCGUACGAAUCUUUUAUCUACUUGCUUGUUAUGUUUGAACUGUUGUGCUGAAUUCAGUUUUUUGUAAAAAAAUAAAAUUAUUUAG